AUGAACGGGAAAGCUCGUAUUCUCCUUCCUCUCUUGUGUCUCUCUAUUCUCCUGGUUUCUCCAACCAGAUCUUAUGGUAAAGAUUUCGCCCUGAGCUGCGGGGCAACAGAAGCUUCUACAGACCCGGAUAAGAAAAAAUGGGAACCCGACACCAAGUUUCUGAAGACAGGAAACUCUAUCCACGCAACAGCUACAUAUCAAGACCCUUCACUACUCUCUACGGUUCCUUAUAUGACAGCUAGAAUCUUUACAGCUCCAGCAACUUAUGAAAUCCCCGUUAAAGGAGACAAAAGGCAUUUGCUCCGGUUACAUUUCUACCCAUCAACAUACACGGGUCUCAACAUUGCCAACUCGUAUUUCUCUGUGGCAGCUAAUGAUGUUACCCUAUUGAGCAAUUUCAGCGCCGCUAUCACAUGUCAAGCCUUGACACAGGCUUAUCUGGUUAAAGAAUAUUCUCUUGCCCCCACCGAAAAAGAUGUUUUGAGCAUCACUUUAACCCCAUCAGACAAGUAUAAAGACACAUUCGCCUUUAUAAAUGGUAUUGAGGUGAUUCAGAUGCCGGAGCUGUUUGAUUCGGCGGUUCUUGUUGGUUUCGCGGAUCAGACAGCAGAUGCCAAGACCGCGAACCUUCAGUCAAUGUUUAGGCUUAAUGUCGGUGGUCAAGACAUCCCUGGAAGCCAAGACUCUGGUGGGUUGACAAGAACUUGGUACAACGAUGCGCCUUACAUAUUUAGCGCAGGUCUUGGUGUUACACUUCAAGCAAGCAAUAAUUUCAGGAUCAAUUACGAGAAAAUGCCGGUCUCUACAGCUCCAGCAGAUGUGUACAAGACCGCUAGAUCUCAAGGUCCAAACGGAGAUAUCAACAUAAAAUCCAAUCUUACAUGGAUGUUCCAAGUCGAUACAAAUUUCACAUACAUCCUCAGACUCCAUUUCUGUGAAUUCCAGCUUUCCAAGGUCAACCAGAAGGCUUUCAACAUUUACAUCAACAACAGAACCGCGCAGGUAGAUCCUGCUCCUGCAGAUAUAAUUGCGUGGACAGGAGAGAAAGGAAUCCCGACUUACAAAGACUACGCGAUAUUUGUUGAUGCCAACACCGGAGGCGAGGAGAUUACACUUCAACUGACUCCAUCAGUUAUUGCUAAACCGGAGUAUUAUGAUUCACAGCUUAACGGGUUAGAGAUUUUCAAGAUGGACACCAUGAAAAAUCUUGCCGGUCCAAACCCGGAGCCAUCGCCUAUGCAAGCUAACGAAGAAGUGAAAAAAGAAUUCAAUAACGAAAAGAGAACUGCUUUCAUCAUUGGCUCGGUUGGAGGAGUUACGGCGGUUUUAAUCUUUGCGCUGUGUUUUACGGUCUAUAAGAAGAAACGAGGAUAUCCAGGAAGCGACUCUCACACAUCAAGCUGGCUUCCUAUAUACGGAAACUCUACCACAUCAGGAACCAAAUCAACAAUCUCCGGUAAAAGCAACAAUGGAAGCCACCUAUCAAACCUUGCAGCAGGUUUAUGCCGCAGAUUCACCUUGCCCGAAAUCAAACACGGAACUCAAAACUUCGAUGAUUCCAACGUCAUUGGAGUUGGAGGGUUUGGUAAAGUCUACAAAGGAGUUAUAGACGGCACAACCAAAGUAGCAAUCAAACGAUCAAACCCAAAUUCAGAACAAGGACUCAACGAAUUCGAAACAGAAAUCGAACUCCUUUCAAGAUUAAGACACAAACACUUGGUUUCCUUGAUCGGAUACUGCGACGACGGAGGCGAAAUGUGUCUCAUUUACGACUACAUGGCUCUAGGAACACUCCGUGAACAUCUCUACAACACAAAGAAACCACAAUUAACUUGGAAACGAAGACUAGAGAUCGCCAUUGGAGCUGCAAGAGGAUUACAUUACCUUCACACAGGAGCUAAGUACACGAUUAUACACAGAGACGUUAAAACAACAAACAUCUUGGUAGAUGAGAACUGGGUAGCUAAAGUUUCCGACUUUGGAUUAUCCAAAACAGGACCAAACAUGAAUGGAGGUCAUGUAACAACAGUCGUCAAAGGAAGUUUCGGUUAUUUAGAUCCAGAGUAUUUCAGAAGACAACAAUUGACUGAGAAAUCAGAUGUUUACUCAUUCGGAGUUGUACUAUUCGAAGUCUUAUGCGCAAGACCAGCGUUAAACCCGAGUUUACCUAAAGAACAAGUGAGUCUCGGAGAUUGGGCAAUGAAUUGCAAAAGAAGAGGGACUUUAGAUGACAUAAUCGAUCCGAACCUGAAAGGGAAGAUUAACUCAGAGUGUUUGAAGAAAUUUGCAGACACGGCGGAGAAGUGUUUGUCGGAUAGUGGAUUAGAAAGACCGACGAUGGGAGAUGUGUUGUGGAAUCUUGAAUUCGCGCUUCAGCUUCAAGAAACUGCUGAUGGGUCUCGUCAUCGGACUCCGAAUAAUGGAGGUAGCUCAGAGGAUGUCGGCGGAGGAGGAGGUGUGGCGGUUAACGUUAUCGGAAGAAUCGAAGAGCACGACGUGAGUGAUCUUUCUUCAGAAGACAGCAGUGGAAUAUUUUCUCAGAUUGUAAAUCCUAAAGGACGAUAA